GUACAAAAAUCGAUCAAAACCCAACAUAAAUCCUCCUGAAGACAAUUCCAAACAAAGUGUUGAUGAGCCUUCUGAAUCUUCUGAAUAUACUACUGAAGAAAACAAUAUUUUAGCUGUUUCAGAACCCACCAGAUUUAGGAUCAAUAACUGA